GACUGCGCGAGUUUUUAUAAAGGAUAUGCGCGCAAGUUGUGACAGGACAGAGGGGGCUCUCUGCGGGGCAGAACUAUAUCAACGACCCUUCAAACACAGGAAUACUCCCACCGUAACUUAACAAACCAUCUGUUUGUCAACUUCGAAGAAUUCUCGACAACCCCCGAUUCGACAAUGACCGCGACUGUUGUGUCCCCCUUCUUCGACUACGAAGUGACGAAUAAGAACAAUACAGUGAUGAGCUACAACAAUGCCCUCUCCAGUCCCCAUUUAAAGUCUGUCCCCACCAACGGUGCCAAUACCCCCUUUACCCCCACCGGGUCCCUGCUGGACAGGAAGGUGGUGGGUACCCCUUCAUUGGGACUCUAUCAGCGUCGCCACUCCGUGUCCAUUACCAGUUCCAAAUCAACGCAGAACCAAUUUAUCAACAGUCUCAAGAUGGAUGGCUCCACUUCCAUGAACUGGAGUAACAACAACAAGGAGAACAGCUUCCGCGACCGGUCCUACUCUGAAACCGGGGAACGUCUAAGGCCGAACAACAUCAUGUGCAUUAAUGCCAACGGAAACAGCCAGGUCAACUCAAGCCGCUAUAAGACCGAACUCUGCAGACCCUUCGAGGAGAACGGCACUUGUAAAUAUGGUGACAAGUGCCAGUUUGCCCAUGGGAUGCACGAGCUUCGUAGUCUAAAUCGGCACCCCAAGUACAAGACCGAGCUCUGUCGCACCUUCCACAGCACUGGUUACUGCCCAUACGGGCCGCGCUGCCACUUCAUCCACAACGCAGAGGAGCGCCGCGGUCCCCCUCCUCUCUCCACCUUCAACAAGAUGGAGCGCCCCCGUCUUCACCACAGCUACAGUUUUGCCGGUUUCCCAAGCUCAGGUGGCUCCCAGGACAGCCCAACCUCUGUCACACCUCCGCCCAUAUUUUCCAGCGAAGACGUCAGUGAGUGGCCCAGCAACCCUUUCACUUACUCGAGUCAAAAGCUCGCCAACCUGUUUGCGCCCAGUUUGGGUGGCACCACUGUUCCUGAUCUGCCCGGUCCUCAUUCUCCCACCGCACCUUCCUUCUUCAGGCAAAUGUCCGAGUCGCCCCCAAGCCCUCUGGAUUCCCUCUCCGACCAGGAGGGUUACCAGAGCAGCCUGGGCAGCCAGAGCGGAUCCGAGUCACCUGAGCAGGACACGACACGUCGCCUCCCCAUCUUCAGCAGGCUCUCCAUCUCCGAUGAUUAAAACGUGCCCUCAGAGAUUCCAGGCCCUGAGAGAGGGAAAGCGCCGAGUGCUGGCGAGAAAGAGAGUCAUUAUCCUCCUAACAACCCCUUCCUGUCCUUGCCUUGUUUACAGCAGAGAAGUGGACUAAAGUACAGUGUUCUUGUAGCUACUGAGUCGAAUCAGAAAACCUACUACCCUGUAGCAUCAAACUAGAGCGUAUUCCCAAGCCUCCCUAGACGUCUUUAACAUGCCUUACGAUAAACCGUUCCCCUCAAGGCCCACUCAGAUGUUGAGGCUUCGAAGUCCUCACUGGAACAUGUUAAACAAAUCCAUAUUUAGUUCACAGUGUUCAAACUGAAAGAGUUUUCUAAAUUGUCCGAGGACCUUCUUGUUCAAAGAAUCUACUGAUUAUACCAACAAUGUGCUUUAUAGACCGGGAAGUGCCAUUUUUCUUGGUAGAUCGUCUGGACUUAAAGUGCCUAUCAAAACAAUUAGUUUCCUACUUUUUCAGUCACGUCGAUUUUUGGAGAUCUGGCGUAGACAAGGUUUAAAGGAAAAGAAUCAAACCCAUCUUAGAUUUGUAUUAAUCAUUUUGAAAGAUACUUGUACAUCCAGUGGUGCUAAAUGUUCUGUCACCGUGGUAAUUAUCCCUAAAAACAUGUGAUCCAGUACGCCAAAAAUAAUGUGUUCUGGUUGUUGGAAAGAAUAGGUGCGAGAUGUUGCCCUUCCUGUUCAUGUUACCACUAAAGAUGUGACUUGACUGGCCACUAAUUGUUUCGUUGCUAACAGAUCGUUGAAAUGUUCUAUCGUUAAUUCAAUAUUGUAUUUCCCCUUUUAUUGUUAUAAUAUAGUUAUUAUUGCACCAUUACAAUUAUUGUUGCUAUUUUCGGUUUGGAAAUGAGAACGUUCAACCUGAAAGUUUUGCUUGUCAGUGCUUAUUUAACUUAUCAAAAUGUAUUUAUUGCUGAUUUUAAGCAUUUUUUUAUUUCGUUUGUAUUUAUCUGGAUAAUGAAAAAAUAGAAUAUAUUUUACUUUUUAUGUUAAAUUAUGAUCUUCCGUAUUAAUCGUAAGAUUGUGAAUACCUUUUUUUUUCGUUAAGCUUCAACAGUUAAUAUAUUAUACUGCAAUGACAUUUUGUAACUACAUUUUGAUUUAUUUUUUCAAGUGAAACUUAAUUUAAAAUGAGUAUGCAAUGAGGAUUGUUUUGCAUUUUAUUUAUUAUUUUUCUCCCUUAUGUUGGACUGCAAUUUCAGGUUGUUUAUGCCUCCGCAAGCCUUUAUUAUUUGGCUUUGACCGUCUAGAAUGUAAACCGAGUUGUCUUGACACAACAGUCCUGUGCCUGUGAUUUUAUAAAUCCAAUGUUUAGACUGGGAUCCCCUCAUUAAUACUCCUUUUGGUAUGAACAAAUUGGAGACAAUAAAUGCAUUACAGUACCAAUCUCAUUAACCCUCGCUGUGAUCCGAACCUCUGAUCGCAGCAUUUUGAUUUAAAUGGACAGUUAAUAAGGGAAUUGUGAAAUAUGCAUUUGUGUAUUUAUUUUGCCCAUUUUGAAACCAUAUUAUGUACACCAGCAAGGAUGUUUUGUUUUGAUUUGUCAUGACUCAAAAUUCUGAUUUGUUUACAGAUUUUGGACCACUUCUACUUGCUAAGUGCCUAACAGUACAUUCCAAGAGGCUUGAACCUUUUAGGAUUGUAAUCCAGAGUCAUUAUAUAGAUUUUGAUCGAAAUUUCGAGGUUAACAGGAUUGACAUUGAGAGAGCUACAGAUGAAUGUGUCCUAUGUUAGCAGCUACUGCUGUUCACAUCAAUAUGUUUCGUUUGUAACGACAGAUUGCAGUUUAAACCAAUAAAAUUCCUAUUUAUAUGCAA